AUGCCUCCCCUCGCAUCGCGACAAUCUUCAAACACUCCGUCGACUCCAAUCCUGAGAGGACAAACUCGACCGAAGCGUCGGAUCGGCCACACCAAAUCACGAAAUGGCUGUUAUACAUGCAAGAACCGUCGGGUGAAGGUGAGCCAAAGUUUUCUCGGCGUUUUUCUUCUGACGGCUCACUCAACACGACAGUGCGAUGAAGAGCGACCGAUCUGCGGCGCCUGCUCCAUCCGCGAAGACCAAUGCACUUAUCCACCCCUACAAGACGCGCGAGGCAUCACACGAAGACGCGCGCCUUCUCGUCGCGACAGGACAUCCCACGAAGAGACAAAUCCGGGGAAUCCGCCCAGCGAGCAUACAAUGCCUAUGCGCCCUUUGAACUUCAACGUUUCGCGGGUGAGAACACCUCAACCCGAGCACGAACACGAAUCUAGGGGCUGCCUCAACAUGCAUGAUUUGAACCUCCUGCAACAUUUCAUCCUAUACACCGCCCCAAAAUUGAGCCUGAAUCCUCGCAAAGUCUUGGUUUGGACACGCAUUAUCCCAGAUAUCGCUGCCAAGAAUGCAUUCCUAAUGCACUUGCUUUUGGCACUGGCGGGUCUGCAUCUCUUGACGAACCACGAGCCAGCGAACGUGCCAUCUACUGAUCCAUCAUUUGAUGAGUCAAUACAUUCAGUACCCACGGAUUUGGAUGCUAUUGAGCUCCAUUCUCUGGUCGAGCACCAUCAAAAGGGACUACAGGGCCUCCAGGAGAAAUUGGCGACCGCCGACGAGUCAGAUGCGGAAGCAUUAUUCGCUGGGUCGAUGCUAAUCGCGGGUUUCGCAUUCGCCUCGCUCCGUAUCGAGACUUUUGAUAUAUCAUAUCAAAUACCAGGGACUGUCGAUGGCGCGAACCACGACCUGAGCACUCCCAGCCUUGUCGGAAGGCCUCAAGUCCACUGGCUCCAACUUGUGCGCGGCACGGUAUCCAUUGUACAGCAGUCAUGGAGGACUCUUAGACUGGGCCGACUGAGACCACUGCUGUUAUACCGCAAUGCAAACGAUGACUGGAAACUGUAUGAUCCGGAUUCACUGCCCAGCACUUCGCCACCAGGAAGUAAUCUAUCAGCGGGUCUCUCGGCCUUUUUACAGGGUGCCCGUCCUGCCAUAUCCAGUCUCAAAGGCCUGGUAAAGUCCAUGGCGAAAGCAAAUGGAGUCUCUGAAGAUGGCCUACACUCUUCACCAAUUGCAGACCCCAGUCCAGGAGCCACUGGUGAAAUACCAACCGAACAGCCACCCCUGGCACAAGAACAGGCAAUCGAUGUCAUCGAGCAGAUCUAUAUGCGGAUAAUUUAUCUGCUACAACUACAACCGAUCGAGCCAAGUCUAUCAAACCAUGAAAUUCAGGCAGAACUAGGAGAAGCAGCUAUCACAUCCUGGCCGCACAUGCUUUCCGAAGCCUUUAUAUCUACGCUGGAUUCUGAUGACGAUGUAGGCUUGGCUACAGGGCUAUCAUUUGCCAUUCUUGCUCAUCUCUACCUUCCUCUUGCUCUUUUAGAUGAUAUUUGGUUUCUGGGGAAGACGUUCUGUACGGAAAUUUUGAAGAUCAACGCGUUUGUUGAUAGACUUGGCAGUCCUGAGCUUUCUGAAAGGAUGGAAUGGCCUGUGAGCAUUGCGAGGUUACAGGGAGAGAAAGUAUGA